AUGGCGGACAAGAAUCCGAUUGACAACAAUCCGGCUGACAACAAUCCGGCUGACAACAAUCCGGCUGACAACAAUCCGGCUGACAACAAUCCGGCUGACAACAAUCCGGCUGACAACAAUCCGGCUGACAACAAUACGGUUCAUAACAACGUGACCGGCAGCAACAUGCCCAUCAGCCUCAUGCCCGGCAGCAACAUGCCCGGCAGCAACAUGUUCAGCAGCAACAUGUUCAGCAGCAACAUGUUCAGCAGCAACAUGCCUGGCAGCAACAUGUUCAGCAGUAGCAUGCCCGGCAGCGACGUGUACUUUGCCAGCCUUGGCAUCACCGUGGACCCGGACCUCCAGGGCAGCAUCUUCGGCUCCGAGAUGGAUGACACCUCCUUCGACAACAUCAACUCCACAAUUCCUAGCUCUUUCAAUUCAUUCCUUGCCCUGAUGGAACGCUUCGCCGCCAAUGAAGAGAUGCCACAGGCUACCACUACUCCACCUGUCUCGCCGGCAGACUCCGCCACCACUGCCACGAACCCUACGAGCAAUGCUGAACCUGAUCAAACCCCCGAGAAGUAA